AUGAAUCGUCUUCUGGAAUACGGUAAUGUUGAAGCUAUACCCUAUUGCAACUGCUCCCAUAAUAAUUUCACGGAAUGGGAGAAGACUGGACAGAAACGACCGUAUUUCGGAUGGCCACUGGUAGUUUUUGGAGUCCUCGUGGAGUUGUUGUACAUUCCUGUUAUCUAUAUUAUAUUUAAAACCAAACUUAUCAGAAAUCCGUGCUAUAAAAUAAUUCUUCUAUUGGCCCUAAUUGACAUGAGUGCAACCUGCUGUAGUUGUCUGAUAACUGGGCCGAUGCUAAUCGUGGGGGCUGUGUUCUGCAUGUAUCCGACGUUUACAUAUGUGGCUGGAGGAUUUGUGUUAAACACUUGGUGCAUGGCCUGUGCAACAACAAUUUCUCUAUUUCUGAACCGAGUUAUAAGCAUUGGAUGUCGAAAGUAUGCAGAUGAAAUCGAAAAGAAAAUUGCAUAUAUUUCAAAGUUUCUUGUGGUUUCAUAUGGAUCUUUCGUGUUUUGGUUUACUCCAUCACUCAUAUUCAAUUCAGUUUUCAUGUGUUGGAUUGCAGAUCCAUUGUCAGAAACUGUGCCCAUAUCGCAUUUAAACAAUUUGCUCACAAAAAAACUCCAAUAUGAAACAGAGCAUACAUUUUUUCAAUACAAGAAUACCGUUCAAGCGUGGAACAAUUGGAUAUUUGUAACAUGUAUGUUCACAUUGUUAACCAUAUAUUUUGUAUUGGUGAAACGGCUCGAAGAAGGACAGAAGUCAAAGGCUUAA